UUCAAAAUACAUUUUUAUCAACAUUUUAAAUUUUAGUUUUGUUUAAGUUGCACGUAAUAUCUUCUAAUAUCCAUUAUUAUAUGAUAAUUGUGCUUAUACUUUUAUAAUUGUUAUAAUUGUAAAUUAAGUUUUCCGAGUAUGGCAGAAGAUAUAAAAAAAAUUUCAUUUUCAUUUAAACAAAUAUCUUCUAAACCUAAAGUUAUACCAGAGUUAUCAAAAACUGUUCUCGAUAAAACUGUUCAGUUUAUUGAGUGCGUCGAAGAGAAAUCAAUCAAAGUAGUUGGGCUAGUCGAACACACCGACCAUGAGUUAGUUAUACCAAUGCAACCAUCAGCUAAGCGAAAAUUGCCCAUUGAACCAAUGAAACCAGUACAAAAUGGCACAGGAAUUAAACCUCAAGAACAUGGAACUGUAACAUUGGAUGAAAUGGCUGUACAAGCCAUAUUGUCAGACUGUCAGAAAACAGAAGAAGAUAAAGAUGAUGAUAUGAAAAGCAUUGAAGUACCUAUGAUAGUUAAUCCACCUGAAGGCAAAGAAGUAUCUACAGCUGAAGAUUAUGAGAAUGUUCCUGUUAAUAAAUUUGGAUUGGCUAUGCUUCGGGGUAUGGGUUGGAAAUCGACCAAUGAGACUGACAAAAAUUCUCAAGUAAUUAAAGCUGGUUUACCGGAACUUAGACCUAAGGGAAUGGGUUUAGGAGCUGAUAAAUUAAUUAGAACUGUGCAAGAGAAACUAAAUUCUGAAGAAGAAUUGAAACUUAAUAAAGGAUCAUACCUACAGUUUACACUUGGUAGACUGGAUGGUCAGUAUGGUCAAGUGACAGGAUUUGAUGAAGGAGCAUCAAGAGUAGUUGUAAAAAUGGCACGCACUGGAGAAAUGGAAAAAGUGAGUGAAAACUCAUUUCGUUUAGUCACCAAAAGUGACUAUAAUAAAAAUAGUAAGGUGAUUAAUAUAAGAGAAUAUAAAGAAUAUCAUGAAGGUAAGACCAAAUCAAAUGAAAAUGAAGAUAGAAUUCAUAACAGAAAAAAGAAAAGUAAAAAAGAAGUUUCUAAUGGUCAUCGGUCUAGGCAACAUAAAACUAAAAAAAGUAAGCAAUCUAAAUCUCCUCAAAGAAAACAUAAAUCUGAUCAUAGUAGACAUAAAAAAUAUCAGCACAGGUCUUCUUAAUUUGUGUUCAACAUUAUAUUAAUUUAUUAUGUAUUAAAUAU